AUGAAUGUUCUCCGUCGUCUUGGAAAUCGCACUAUGGUAGGAUCUGAUAAAGCCAUCUCCCUUGCAACACCCCCCUCAGCCAGCAAUAAAAAAUCCGCCGUCCUGACCUUUUUCGCGGCCAUUAUUUCGUUUGUCCUUGGACUGGUGGUGAUUAUUUCGAACGCGCGUGCGAAUAGUUUGAGGGAUAAUAGUAUGGCUUCGGUAUUUAACCCCUCUGAUCUGCUUGUGGAGAGCUAGAGCUUGUUAACGAGGGUUGGAUAGUUCAACAUGUCAACGGUAGGCCAGGGUCUCAUCAAAGUUUAUCCCGCAAACGGAUCGAAUUCUGCUGGUGCGGGGGGUACCGGGGGAACGGCUGGGUUGGGGAGAAGGAUGAUGGGGAGUGGAGAUAUUGGUAGUCCGAUUACCUUCCGGCAGCAUAGAGCCAGAGAGGUGGAGGUUGAAGUUCGAGAAGUGGUGUCGAAUACGGUUGGGAAGCAGGUCAUGGGCAGAGAGGCAUUACCUGCUCCAGAUCCAACGCCGGCCCCUGAUGCUAACGCAGGUAUAUUACCAAGUCCAGAGGAGGUGGAAGGAUUCUUUCGAUCCGCUGGCAAUGCAGUGGCCACCAAAAUCGUCCCCAAUGCGCCGCUCGCGACGGGUGCUCCUAUGGAUGGAGCGUCAGGGGAUCUCCUCAACGACAUUGGAACUUUCUUCGGUGGUGUCCUCGGGAAUCUCACGGGUGCCGUUGGAAAUGGGCUUCAGCCAAUCGCGGAUUCGGCUAUCCAGGGACUUCUGCGUGGUGCUGGGAUACAGGAGUGGUAUGGACUUUACUUGACUGAGUAUUGUUCUGGGAACUGGUCACCAAGAUACUCGGAUCCCAAUGCGAAGCUGCAAGUUACGACUUGUAAAAAAUAUAGUAAGUCUAACCCCUUUUCUUCGUUGUUGGAGCAGGGGAUUGAUAGUCGCCAGUGGAUAUCGACGCCCCAAGCAAAGUUAUAAAUUCCACCUUCCAAGUCGGUAACCAAAUCAUCGACAUCGCGCCCUUAAACAUAGUCAACAACCUCGCCUCCUUAACAGUCUAUAUAAGCGAUAUCCUAACGGCGCUCAUCGUCCUUUUGAGUCUACACAUCGUCUUCUCCGCUCUCAUCAUCUUCUCUAUCCCGCUCUACCUCCUCCGCGCAGCCUUACGAACGGAUCGCAUCUCCUUGAUCCUCGGAACCCUCAUUUCCCUCGAUGCCAUCACCACUCAACUUGUCGCCGUCCUGGUCACGGUCCUUGGCAUCGUCGCGACGCUUCUGGGGAACGAUCUCCUCGGUGAUCUGGGGGUGCAGGCUGGGAAGGGUGGGGAGGUUCUGGGGAUGCUUUGGGUUAGUGCUGUGGUUAUGACGGUUGGGGCGGUGAGUUGGUUUGUUAGUUUGUUUAGAAGGACUUCUGUUAGGAGGAGGAGGGUUGGGGUGAUGCUUGGGGAUUCUGGUGAGGGGGAGAAGAGUCGGGCAACCACGCGAGGGGUUGAUGGGGAUGAGGAGGCUUUGGGGGUUUUUUCUGGGCCGGUGGAGGGUACUGAUGCGUCGGUGGAGAGGAGGUCUUGGCAGAGUUUGGAUAGGGAUGAGGUGAGGGUGCCGCGUUCACGGGCUGGCGAGGGGAACUCGACAUCCUGGGUUUAA